UCUCCAACUCACUUUGCUUUCAAACAUAGCAGAAGAAUGGCUCUUGUUCAUCAAAACUCUCUGUUUCAUGAAAACCAAAGAAUGUCUGCGAGUGAAAGGUGUCAAUCGAGCGUGAGCAUGAGGUGGAUUAAGCAGCUUGGUCGAGGUGGUUAUGGCGUUGUGCACUUGGUGAUGGUCACAACAAACUCAGUAUGCAACUUGUAUGCAGUGAAGACUGCCUUACCAAAAGGCACCAUCGUUCUUCGCAAAGAAUGUGGUAUUCUGUCUCAGUUCAAAGGCUAUCAAAGAAUUGUCCAGUGCCACGGCGAUGACUGGAUAUUCCUUCAAGACGAAGGCCAUUACAGCGUGUUCCUGGAAUUCGCACCCAUGGGUUCCCUCCUGGACUUGCAGCAGAAAACUUACGGGGGAAAGAUACCGGAAAUUGAUGUCAGGCAAUUUACCAAGAUGAUUCUGCAAGGCCUUUCUUGCAUCCACAGGAAAGGCAUCGUCCACUGCGAUCUCAAGCCCCACAAUAUUCUUGUUUUUGCAGCCGACGACAAGGACGAAAUCCCCGAGCUUAAGCUCGCUGAUUUUGGAGUAGCCAAGGAGCCAGGAGAGGUAGACGACGGGAAGUGGAAGCAUCAUUUUCGAGGCACUCCUCGGUACAUGUCGCCGGAGUCACUGAAGUUGGGAGAGAUUAAGCCGGCGCUUGACCUAUGGUCGCUGGGUUGUAUUAUAGUUGAAAUGGUAAGCGGGGAGUCGUGCUGGCCGCAUAAGACAACUAAGGCGAUGUGGGAUCAGCUUGUUUUGCUGAACGAAACGCCCAAAAUACCAGAGAACUUGACAAGAAUGGGGAAGGAUUUCUUGAGGAAGUGUUUUGCACUGAAGCCCCAAGCUCGAUGGAGUGCUGAUAUGCUACUGAAGCAUCCUUUUAUAGAUCAUUAUUAGCAUCACAGGCCAUGAGUAAUUGACGAUUUCAAAAGUAACAGUUGGAGAAAAGCAACAGGGGAAUCCGUUAUUGUUGUAAGAAGUCUUGUAGUGGAUGAAGAAAUACUUUGAAAAAAAAUCUUGUAAUAGGAGCUGAACCGGUUCAAGCAUCUGAAAAAUCUUGUAUGAUCUUUUGAUGUUGAAUAUUUUGUUUGAUUAAACACCUUGUUGCUCCUUCAAGCAAAAUAGUAUGAAAUGAAAUGAAAGAACAUAUGUCAAUGUUCAUCGACACAA